GGUUCGGUUGCGCUGUUGCCGCCCCUCGUACAUCGUUCGGCUUGGUGGAUGCUUGGUUUUUCUGGGGUUGCAGCUGAUACCCUCCUCUGCUCCUCUUUCAUUGCUUGCGCUGCCUUCCCCUUCUGCCUCCCUCCGUCUCUCCACUCUCUCACUGCCAGAGGCCUCUGAUCAUUUGACCUACCAACUUCGGCCGCUUCCGCAGCCGCUCGCACACCCCCAGUUGAAUUGAAAGAGGUUUCAUACUUGGAAUAUCUCCAAUGGGUAAAAGAAGAAGUUCCGACAAAGUACAAGAUGUGGGUGUCCAAGACAAUGCGGCUGUGGAGGAGGCUGCUGCUGAGCCUAAAAAGAAGAAAAUGAAAGAAGACAAGAAGAUUUCUAAGAAGGUAGAGGAGGGCACGGCUGCUCCCUCUGCUUCUACUUCCGUGUCUUACAUGGAGAAAAAGAAGAAAAAGAAAGCACUUGACAAGGAGAGGCACCGUGCUGCUUUAGAAAAUCAAGAACAGAAGCCUAAAAGUACGACUGCAGAAAAAGGACCCAGUGAGAUUGUGGCUCCUGUUAUUUCUUCAAAAAGCAGUGAUUUGCCCGAGUUUCAUAUUAGUGUCUUCAAGGAUUUGGCCUCGGCAGAGGCUUCAGUGAGGGAUGCUUCAGUCGAGUCUUUGGUGAAAGAGUUGCAGGAAGUUCAGAAGGCAUAUGAUCGGCUGGAGAAGAAGGAGUUGGUUACUGGUGGGCCAAAAUUAGAAGCUGAGAAGGAUGAUGGCUUGAAUGAUUGUGCCCCUUCUCUAAGAUAUGCAAUCCGGAGACUUAUUCGUGGUGUUUCGUCAUCUAGAGAGUGUGCAAGACAGGGGUUUGCAUUGGGUUUGGCUCUUUUAGUCGAUACAAUCCCCUGCAUCAAAGUGGACGCCAUCUUAAAACUUUCUGUUGAUUUGUUGGAAGUAUCUUCAUCAAUGAAGGGCCAGGAAGUGAAGGAUUGCCUUCUAGGCCGUUUGUUUGUAUAUGGUGCGCUUUCUCGGACAGGACGACUGGUGAAAGAGUUGCUUGCAGACAACAGUACUCCAUACAUCAAGGAAUAUACAAGUACUCUUAUAUCUCUUUCAGCAAAGAAGCGGUAUCUGCAGGAGCCUGCUGUCUGCAUUCUUCUGGAAUUGGUUGAAAAGCUGCCUUCGGAGUCUGUCUUAACUCAUGUACUUGGUGCUCCUGGAAUGGCUGAGUUGUUUCAGGGAGCUGCUGAAAGUGGAAAUCCCGAUGCUUUGCUUCUAGCGCUGAAGAUUCAGGAAAAAACUGGUAGCAGCAAACCGACUCUCGGAAAGCUUUUGCCAAACCCAUUCAGCCCAAGCAAAUUUUUUUCUUCAGAUAAUUUAUCUUUCCUUGCCAAUUGUUUUAAGGAAUCCACUUUUUGCCAACCUCGUGUGCAUAGUGUAUGGCCCGUGAUUGUGAACAUCCUUUUGCCUGAAGUGGUUGUACAAGAGGAAGAUGCCACAGCAGUUUCAAGUUCCUUAAAGAAGCACAAGAAAGGACGCAAGUCGAGUCCUUCUGAAGAGGAAACCACCAAAAACCUGCGAUCCUUCUGUGAAGUGGUGAUUGAGGGAUCACUUCUUCUUUCAUCGCAUGACCGAAAACACUUGGCUCUCGAUAUUGUGCUCCUCCUCCUCCCAAGGCUGCCUGCAUCUCUUGUCCAAAUUGUUUUGUCUUACAAGGUUGUCCAGUGUCUCAUGGAUGCUCUCUCAACAAAAAAUUCAUGGUUGUACAAGGUUGCCCAGCAUUUCUUGAAGGAGUUGUCAAGUUGGGUGGCGAAUGAUGAUGUUCGAAGAGUGGCAGUUAUAGUAUCUUUCCAAAAGCACAGCAACGGAAAGUUUGAUAUAAUUACACAGACAAAAACUGUAAAAAAUCUGGUCACAGAUUUCCAAACUGAGUCGGGCUCUAUGCUAUUCAUUCAGAGUUUAACAAACAUGUUUGUCGAUGAUGGUCCUGCUUCUGAGGAACCGUCUGAUCAGAGUCAAACGACUGAUGACAAUUCUGAGAUAGCUUCUGUUGAGGAUAAAGAUUCUUCAGCUGGAAACUCUGACUUCUUGAAGAGUUGGGUGGUGGAGUCUAUUCCCAGUGUGUUGAAAAAAUUGAACCUUGAGUCUGAUUCGAAGUUUCGGGUGCAGAAAGAAGUUCUGAAGUUCCUUGCUGUCCAAGGCCUUUUCACAUUCUCUCUCGGCAAUGAAAUAACAUCAUUUGAGCUGCAGGAGAAGUUCAGGUGGCCCAAGUCAGCCACUUCGAGCAGUCUCUGCAGAAUGUGCAUUGAGCAGCUACAGUCUCUGCUGGCCACGGCCCAGAAGGGGGAGGGCCAAGAUGCCUCCGUGAACACUGUGGAAAGGAAUGAUCUUGGAGCUUACUUCAUUGGAUUUCUUUCGACCUUACGUAACAUUCCCUCAGUCUCACUCUUUCGGAAUCUGAGUGAGGAGGAUGAAAAAGCAUUCAAAGACUUGCAGGAGAUGGAAAUCAGACUUUAUAGAGAGGAAAGGAAUAGUGAACUCAGAUCCUACGCACAGAAACUGCACUCUGUGAGGUACUUGCUGAUUCAAUUGCUUCUCCAAGUUCUUCUUCAGCCUGAAGAGUUUGUAGAAGCUGCUUCUGAGCUUUUAAUAUGCUGUAAAAAGGUGUUUUCUCCUCCUGAUCUUCUCGAAUCUCCUUCUGGAGAGGAUGAUGAUUCGAGUGGUGAGGGGGCACCCAAGUUAAUGGACGUGCUUGUAGACACUUUGCUGUCCUUGCUGCCUCAGUCAUCUGCUCCUAUGAGGUCCGCUAUUGAGCAGGUUUUCAAAAACUUUUGCUCCGAUGUCACUGAUGAUGGACUGCAACGAAUGUUACGGGUGAUAAAGAAAGAUCUUAAACCAGCUAGACAUCAGGAUGUGGAGGAUGUAGAUGAUGACGAUGACGACAACGAAGAUCUUCUCGGCAUCGAAGAAGAGGAGGAAGCUGAUGAAACUGAAACAGGUGAUACAGCUGAGAGCGAUGGGCUAACCGAUGACUCCGAGGCAGCAACAGGCUUUGAACCAAAUGGUGAGGGAGGAGAUUCUGAUGGUUCAGAAGAUUCUGAUGAAGGGAUGGAUGAUGAUGCAAUGUUCCGAAUGGAUAAAUACCUUGCCCAGAUUUUCAAGGAGCGGAAAAGCCAGGGUGGGAUUGAAACUGCUCAUUCACAGCUUGUAUUGUUCAAACUUCGUGUCCUUUCAUUGCUGGAGAUAUAUCUCCAUGAAAAUCCAGGUAAACCUCAAGUUUUGAACGUGUACUCAAAUCUUGCUCGGGCAUUUGUUAACCCAAGUACGGCAGAAGGCAGUGAGCAACUCAGUCAAAGAAUUUGGGGGAUCUUGCAGAAGAAAAUAUUCAAAGCCAAGGACUACCCAAAGGGCCAAUCAAUCCAACUCUCCUCUUUGGAAUCCUUAUUAGAGAAGAACCUGAGAUGGGCCUCAAAACCCUUCAAGAGAAAGUCAACUAACAACCAGUCCAAGCAGCAGUCAGCCUCGCGGCACAAGAUGAUCGUGUCUCUCGCUCAGAACUCAACUUACUGGAUCCUCAAAAUUAUCGAUGCUAGGAACUACUCAGAGACUGAACUUCAGAAGGUUUUCGAUAUCUUCCGAACUGUUGUUACGGAAUACCUUGAUAGGAAGAAAUCGCAGAUAAAGUCUGAAUUCUUAAAAGAGAUUUUCCGGAGAAGGCCAUGGAUCGGGCGUGAGCUCUUUGGCUACAUCCUUGAGAAGUGCGGGUCAUCGAAGUCAGAGUUUCGGCGGGUGGAAUCUCUCGAUCUGAUAAGCGAGAUUUUGAGACAGAUGUUCCCUUCUGGUUUGCGCGAACAGAACCAGGAUUCCAAGAAGUUUUUGAAGAGCCAUAUACAGAAACUCAGUCACCUUGUCGGGGCACUGGUGACUGAUAUGCCUAAGAAGAAGUCGAGGAGGUCUGACGUACGAAAGUUCUGUGGGAAGCUGUUCCAGGAAUUGUCCUCCGCCAACCUAACCAAGUCAUUUCUCAAGGACUUGGGUCCCGAUGCCCAAGCUGCCUGUGAAUGUCAGCUCGGGAAUUUGUUUAUUAAUCUUAAGAAGGCGGAAGCGUAGCCGGAUAAGGAUUUGAUCCAAAAGAGAAUACAUCAACUCUACUCCGGUUGAGACGGGCUUUCAGACCGCGGGACUAUUACUUGGAGUUACACUCCCAUUGUUUCGAGAACCUCUGGUUUCCUCUUGUUGGCAGGUGAAAAAUUUUGCAGAUUUGUAUCCUUUUUGUUGUAUGGUUUUAGUUAGCGAACUACUGGCUGUUAGAAGUGGAGGUUGGUCCUAUACCGAAAGCGCAGGCUACUAAAUUUUGUGACAGUUGUAGAUUAGGUUCUCUUGUGUUGCAGUAUUGAGAAUCCUCACAUUUUUAUUGCAACUGUUGGGAUUAUGAACUGA